AUGACUUCCCGAUCGAGAAUGGAGCAAACAAUAACAACUACAACUACAACUAGUAAUAGUAAUACUGGUAGUGAUAAUAAUAACAAAAGAAAGAAACAUGAUGAUAAUAAUAAUAAUACACCAGUCACUAUAGAUACAUCAAAGAUGAAUCUAGUACAUGCAUCAGAUCCGAAUGCAAUCAUGGCAUACAAACAUCAGAAUGUAUUAGAUCAUUUAGAGAAAUACUAUGGAAAGGAUCACAUGAAUGCCAUUAGAAAGGCUCAAGUACGUCCACCAACCUUUACAACUAUACGUGUCAACACUUCCAAAUGUGACAGACCACACCUACUCAAUCAACUACGUCCCUACUUUGAAUCGAUUCAAUUCAAAUUACAAGAUAACAAUAUUAUACCAUUCUCUAAUCUUGUCAAAGAAGAUACCAAUGAAACUAUUCAAUCUAUAACAAAUCAAACUAUAUUAUUAAAGAAUCAUGGUCCAUUUAAUCCACAACCAAAAUAUAAACAGGUGGUAGUAGGAGUAUUAUGUGCUGAAGCAGUAUUAAGAGGAAGUGAUAUCUUUGCACCAGGAAUCAUUGGAUCAUUUAAACAUAUAGUAGAAGGUGAUAUGGUAUCAGUAUUUGUAGAUUUGAGUCAAGAUGGAAAGAGAGGAUUUAUCAUUGAUGGAUAUUAUGCAGAGAGAACUGUAUUUGUUGGUAAUGGAGUGUCAUUGAUGAACCGUUUGGAUUAUUAUAGUACUCGUGGAGGUGUUGGUAUCAAGAUGACUGAAAGAAUAUGGGAUUGUCCACCAUUGAAUGGUGUAUUAACCGAUAAAUUAUUCCUUCAACAUCUUCCAUCUAUCCUUACAGUCUUUCAAAUGGAUCUUCUUCCAUCACAAAGAGAAAAGAGAUCAUUUAAUAUAUUGGAUAUGUGUGCUGCACCAGGUGGAAAGACAACAUUGAUAGCAUCAUUGGUCAAGAAUAAUGGUUUAGGUGACAAGAUUACAGCUAUUGACAAAAACAAGAAAAAGGCAAAGAUGGUUAGCGAUUUGUGUCGUGUCAAUGGAUUCGAUGAGAAUGGUUUGGUAACAGUUCGUGCAGGUGAUUCAAAGAAACUCCUCAUCGAAGGAGUAUUUAAAGAAGAAUCAUUUGAUCGUAUCUUACUUGACGGUCCAUGUUCGGGACUUGGUACACGUCCACGUUUCGACGAGGCUACAUUAUUAAUUGAUUUGGAUAAUUCAGCUUGUUUGCAACGUGUAUUGAUUGAUGCGGCCGUCAAGUUGUUGGCACCUGGUGGUAUACUAGUAUACUCUACCUGCACCAUCAACCCUUGUGAAAAUGAAGAAAAUGUUAAAUACCUACUCGACAAUUAUGGUAGUUUUAUGCAGCUGGUUCCACAAACAGGUCAUAUUGGUGAUCCAGGUCUCCCUGGUAUUCUCCCAGAGAAUCUAUCACCUCUAGUCCAACGUUUUGAUCCUUCUACCAAUCAUGAAACAAUUGGUUUCUUUAUUUCAAAAUUCAAAAAGACAGCAAGUAGCCAAAGUAAAUAA